GUGAUGAAAUUCUGAUGGACGUGAGUGUUUGUAGCGUUAUAACAAACGUUUAAUCUCUCAUGCUGGAAGGUCUCAUCUCUACAAUGGGUGUCAAACGGAUAUUUUGGAUUGAGCUCGUACUAACUUUUGUCCUGUGCUGUGUUAAUGGACAAACGCUGGGACCACGUUUUCUGGUGACAUUUCCUGCAGUGAUCCAAUCAGGAUCUGAAUCCAAACUCUGUGCAAGUCUCCUGAAUCCCAGAGAGAGUCUUGUAAUGAAUGUUCAGGUGGUGGAUGGUAACCAAAGCACUUUAUUGCUGCAGAGUAGGUCCAGUGAAGAGUUUCAUCGCUGCUUCAACUUCCAGGCUCCUCGUGUAGAGAAAGAUUCUGUGCAGAAAAUAAAGGUUGAAGUUCGGGGAAGAUCUUUCCAAGUGACUGAAGAAAGAAAAGUCAUGUUCAGGCCUUACUAUCCUUUAACCUUUAUCCAGGCAGAUAAACCCAUCUAUACUCCAGGACAAACGGUGCAAUUCAGAGUCAUUACAAUGGAUGCCAAUUUUGUUCCUCUUGAUCAAAUGUAUGAUGUGGUGGUUGUUGAGGACAGUCAGGGUAACAGGAUUGGUCAGUGGACCUCAGUGUCCUCCGUGAGGUGGAUUUUGCAGCUUUCUCAUGAGUUGAACCCUGAGGCCCAACAAGGCACAUACACAUUGAGAGCUUACAUUGGUGACAGGAUGUUCAUGCAGAAUUUUGAAGUAAAGAAGUAUGUUCUCCCCAAGUUUGAUGUCAGCAUAAACGUUGCACAGACACAGAGUGUUGGGGAUGAAGGACUGGAAAUCGAUGUUUGUGGAAACUACACAUACAACCAACCUGUACCUGGUAAAGCAUGGGUGCAAGUAUGCCGUGAUACUUUUAAGUAUGUUACUGCUCCUGGUGUGGUUCGUACCUGUUUGAACAAAACCAUUGAGAUGAAUAAUACUGGUUGUGCCUCCUUUAUCUUCAACACAUCAGCCUUUUUGAACUUCAGAUUUGAAAAUUACAUGCAAGAUUUGCUUGUAGUACAAGCAAAUCUUACAGAGGAGGGAACUGACAUAAUGAUGACACAAUCUCAAACUGUAUCACUGACGUAUGAAAUUGGAAAAGUCACAUUUGUCGAGCUUCCUGAGGUUUUUCAACCUGGAUCAGUCCUGGAAGGAAAGAUCCAAGUUACUUAUUUUAAUGGGACACCAGUCUAUAACAAAGUAGGCUAUCUGUUGCAAGGUCCAAGUUGGUCCUCAAAACUGCUGAAGAACCUAACUACAGACAGUAAUGGACUGGCUACCUUCUCUCUUGAUACUGCUGGUCUUCCCAACAGCGAUCUGGAUCUGAUGGCAAGUGUAAUUCCAGAAGUGCGUUCUACUUAUAAAAUUCCUUACUUUGCGACUGAUGAGAAAACCGUUAGACUUCUCCAACCUGCCACCCCAUAUACCCCAACAUUCAGUGAGCUGACUAUAGAUAAGAUUGAGCAACCAUUAAAGUGUGACGCUGAGGUUACUGUUAACAUUAAAUAUUACUUUGUUGGAGAGACUGCUGGCACCUUAAGCACUCAAAUUGUCCAUAUGGUCUUGUCCAGAGGUGUGAUAGUUCAGCAUGGAUUUGAUAAGGUUAGGGUGAGGACUUCAGAUGGGGCUGCAAGUGGCACAGUGUCAUUCAAACUGACCGUUGGAUCAGAUCUGACUCCAGUAGUGCAGAUACUUGCAUACUGUGUUCUGCCCAGUGACAAUGUAGUUGCUGUCAGUGCAAAUUUUGAUGUUGAAAAGUGUUUUAAAAAUAAGGUGUCCCUUCAGUUUUCUCCUGCUACAGCAGUUCCAAGUGAAGCAAACAUGAUGCAGGUGUCAGCUCAGCCUGGUUCACUAUGUGCUCUCAGUGCUGUAGAUCAAAGUGUUCUCAUCUUGGAACCAGGAAAACGUCUGGAUGCUGAUAAGAUUUUCGGCCUGCUGCCCGUGCCGUCAGUUUCAGAUUAUCCAUAUGAUGUUGAAGAUGAACAGGACUGUUUCCCAGUGCGACCUCGUCGAGCUGUGCUAACAGACAGAGUUGUACCAACAGACGGUGCUUAUGUAACUUUUAAGAAUGUGGGGUUAAAGAUUUCUUCAAAUCUGGCUGUAAGAGAACCUCAGUGUCUGACAUAUAGAGGCCGCAGUUAUUAUAGCAACUUCUACAAUGUGCGCUCUUUUCGUCGUGAACCUGGAGUUGUGGCAAUGGCUGCACCGCUAGUAGAAGGUGCUGGCUUGCCUGAAGUCAGUUCCUCAUUUGAGGUGACUGUUCGAACUGUCUUCCCAGAAACUUGGAUCUGGCAACUUGCUGAUGUGGGGGACUCUGGAUCAACACAGGUUCCUGUCAAGGUUCCUGACACCAUCACUACCUGGGAGACGGAUGCCUUCUGUCUGUCCUCCAAAGGUUUGGGUUUGGCUCCUCCUGCUCAGCUGACAGUUUUCCAGCCCUUCUUCAUGGAGCUUUCUCUGCCUUACUCCAUCAUCCGUGGGGAGAUCUUUGAACUGAAGGCCACAGUGUUCAGCUAUCUGUCCAAGUGCCUCAUGGUUCAAGUAACUCCUGCACCGUCAUCGAACUUCUCCCUCACCCCCACAACUGUUUCUCCGUAUUCGGCGUGUGUAUGUGCCAAUGGGAGGAAGACUUUUUCAUGGGUUCUUACUCCACUUGUUCUUGGAGUUCUGAAUGUGACCUUCAGUGCGCAGGCAGCUUCUCAGGCUGUGUGUAACAAUGUGGUUGCUAGCGUGCCAGAGAGAGGACGUGUUGACAUAGUCACUCGAAGUCUACUUGUUUUGGCUGAGGGAGUUAAAAGGACCACGACAUACAGUUGGCUGUUAUGUCCACGGGGACGAAGAUUUUCAGAAGAUGGAAGAAGACUUUCAGAAGAUGUAUCACUGACAUAUCCAUUAAAUGUGAUUAAGGGGUCAUCGAGAGCUUCUGUCUCUGUCCUUGGAGACGUAUUGGGUCGUGCACUGCAGAAUCUUGAUGGACUGCUACAGAUGCCGUACGGCUGUGGAGAACAAAACAUUGCUGUGCUGUCUCCUGAUAUUUACAUCCUACAGUAUCUGGAUGGCACACAGCAACUCACUUCAGCCAUUCGAGAGCGAGCCACAGACUUUCUGAAGAGUGGAUACCAAAGACAGCUGAACUACAGGAGUGCUGAUGGUUCAUUCAGCACAUUUGGUUAUGGUGAUGGAAAUACAUGGUUGACUGCUUUUGUCAUGAGGUCUUUUGGCAAAGCCCAGAAAUUCAUAUUCAUUGAUCCAGAUGUUAUUAAAAGUGCAAAGGAAUGGUUAAUAAGCAAGCAGGGUCCCGAUGGCUGUUUUAUCCAGCAGGGUCGACUCUACCAUAAUGGAAUGAAGGGUGGAGUAAGUGAUAAUAUAACCAUGACUGCCUACAUUACCGCAUCAUUACUUGAACUGGAAACUCCAGUCAGUGAUCCUGUGGUCACUAAAGCUUUGUCCUGCUUAAAGUCCAUCAUUGGAAGUUUCAGAAACACUUACAGCAAUGCGCUGCUUGCCUACACCUUCAGUCUGGCAAAAGAUGCAGACACCCUAAAGAAACUUUUAAAUGCGCUGGAUGCUCUUUCUAUUUCAGAUGGGUCUCAGCUUCAUUGGUCUCAGUCAGGAUCUGUUGAUGAUUCUGGUUCUCUGUCAGUGGAGAUCAGCUCAUAUGUUCUGCUAGCUGUUCUCACUUCAGAUUCAGUCACUACAGCUCAGUUGGGUUAUGCUAACAGGAUCGUCAGCUGGCUUGUCAAGCAGCAGAACGCCUAUGGAGGAUUCUCAUCUACUCAGGACACGGUUGUGGCUCUUCAGGCUUUGUCUGUGUACGCCACCAAUGUGUUCACCUCUGAUGGUUUCAGUAAAGUGACUGUUCAGUCAAUAGGAGAAUCUCUCAGCUUUGAUGUGAAUCAGGACAACAAGUUAUUGUAUCAGGAGAAGCAGCUUUUAUAUGUUCCCGGAAGAUAUACUAUUAGAGUAACUGGCUCAAUCUGCGUUUCUGUGCAGAUCAACUUGUUUUACAACAUCCCAACACCUCCUCCGAUUAGCAAAAUGCUGAGUGUUGACGUUAAACUUACAGGAGAUUGUUUUGUGUCAUCCGGUCCAAAUCUCUUGAUGAGCUUCACUGUUCAAUACAGUGGGCCACAGGCAAGCACUAACAUGGUCAUUGUAGAUAUUAAACUCCUAUCAGGCUGUACAGCAGACACUACAAUGCUUGGUACCCCACCCAAUGCAUAUGCCCCACUUGUGGAACGGGUUGAUUCAGUAGAUGAUCGUGUCCUAGUGUAUUUGAAGGAGGUUCCAAAAAACACUCCAAUGAGUUAUAAGCUACAAAUGAAACAGCUUUAUCCAGUGAGAAGUCUCAAGCCAGCUGUGGUCAAAGUCUACGAUUACUAUCGAACAAGUGACCAAUCUGAGACCCCAUACUCCUCCCCUUGUCCAUGAGUCUCCACCUUCAGGACCGUUAAUGUUUUAAGUUCUGAGUGCAGAGCUUUUUGAUGUUUUCAUCUUGUUGCGAAUAAACGUUUUAAUCCAUU